AUGAACACUGACCGGCUGCCGAGAGAGCUGGUGGUGGAACGAGCAGAGAGUGUGGCAGGUGUGGAGUGUUCCCAGUGUGCUUGUGACAGGGUCAGGGAGCUCUUGCUCUAUAUGUCAGGCCUUAUGGAUGCUGAACAAGAGGAACUUGGGCAUGAACUGAGAUCUGUGCCAUUUUUGCCAGUCAUGCCAAAACCUGAGGGCUGGAGCAUUGCCUGGCAUGGGGAAAGUCCUGGAGAUAGGGAGGCACAGAGCUGCUCUCAGCAUAUGGACUCUGUACCUGAGAGUCUAGUGUUUGACUGCCCCUCAGCUUUAUUUUUCCCUAAAUUCAAGCCUCUGGUGGGCAGCUGUCACUUACUUCUUGACCAUGCCUUUGAGGAUGCACCACAGGGCGUCCUGCAGAGACUCGGGGUCAUCACAUGUGCCCUUGACCUGCCGCUGCGAUCAGUGAUGGAGCAGCUCUGUGUCUUUAGUGCUGCCCCCCUUCAGAAAGAAAAUGAAUGUAUGUGCCACACUGUGUAUGAGCACUUGGAAGAUUUGAUCUUGCAUGUAAGGAGAGGCAAAACUCUAAACUCAGGCAACCUUGAUGCACUGGGAAAGCUCAAGGAAAAGAAGAUACUGGUCACAAAGUAUGGCUUUAAGGAACCAAAACUGUUUGCACUCUUCAGUGAGGUUGACUGUGCCCCAGACUUAUUUUCUGUGCGCACAGAAGGCCUUGAAAAGUACCAGCACCUGAUGGACACAUUGGGCAUCAAGAGCCACUUUGACUACAAGACAGUGAUGGAGGUGAUCCAGGAGAAAAGGGAGACUUUUGGCAGCGACAGACUCAGCAGCAACGAGGUGUCUCGGGUGUCCAGGCUGCUCACUGUGCUCUUUCAAGUGAAGCAGAGUGACCAGCAGCUCACUCAGGACCUGCAUCUGCCAGACAGUAAUGGUUACCUGCAUCCCACAAACCUUCUCUGUUUUGACGACGGGGCCAAACUGAGCUCUGGCCAGUUCCUGUGUCUGCACCCGAGGAUCACAGUGUCCCGUGACAUGCUGGAUUGGCUUGGCAUAAAGUCCAAGACCAGGAAGAGACUUCAGGAGUCAUCCAACCGAGUACCGUUUGGCCAGAAUGAGCCACUCACCACCCGCCUCAGGAACAUACUCGAGGGCUACCCGUGUGACCUGGCCAUAAUAAAGGAACUCCUGCAGAAUGCUGAUGAUGCAGGAGCCACAGAGGUUGCCUUCAUCAAGGACUUCAGACAUCUUCCAAAUGAGAAACUCUUUGACCCCAAAAUGGCCCCCUUACAGGGGCCUGCCCUCAGUGUCUUCAACAACAGAGGAUUCACAGAACAAGAUCUCAGGAGCAUUCAGAAUUUGGGAAACAGCAGCAAGAAGGAAGACCCGGCAACAACAGGGCAGUAUGGCAUCGGCUUCAACGCCGUCUACCACCUGACAGACGCUCCUUCCUUCCUCACAAAAGGCCCACAAGUUCCCGACGGAGAGGCUCUGUGCAUGUUUGACCCACACUGCUGGUAUGACCCUGCAGCCUCGCCUCAGUUCCCGGGAGUACAGUUUGUUAACCUGAGUGACCUGAGGGAGGACCAUCCUGAUUCCUUCAUUGGCUACCUGGAGAGUGAACUGCCUGAGGAAGGGACAGUGUUCAGGCUGCCUCUACGCACUAUCCGAGACUCCCUUAUAGCACCCCAAGAGACCAUGACAGAAGAAAAAGUUAAAGAAAUGCUUAAGGAAUUUCAAAGGGGAAUGCCUCAGUGCUUGUUGUUUUUGAGAAAUGUAAGAAAAAUAUCCAUCAAGGAGGUGCAAAGGAAUGGCACAUUCAGAGAGGAGUACUGGGUGGAGGCAAGUGUGUCUGAGGAAUCCCACUUGCCUGCACUGGACCCCUGUAGUUUGGGCAUGGUGAGGACCUCCUAUACAAUGACCAUCAGGGAAAGCCAAGGAAGCAGCAGCCAGUGGUUGGUGGCUCAGCAGCAGGGGGUGGAGGGGAAGAACAGUCUGCCCCGUCAAGUGCAGGAUGCAUUCACCAACAAAACCCUGAACCUCCUGCCUCAUGGGGGUGUUGCUAUUCCAUUUGCCACAGUGGCUCCUGGAAAUGAUUGCUGCUCAACUUCCUGCUACUUGCCUCUUCCAGUCAGGUCAGGGCUGCCCUUCAGCAUCAACGGACACUUUGCACUUAACCCGUCACGCCACAACCUGUGGACUGGAAUUGCUGAUGCCAAGAGCCUCUGGAAUGAGUGGCUGAUAAGAGAGGUGUUGGUGCCGGUUGCUGUGCACGCUGUGGAACAGUUUAGAGCCUUGAUGUUUGAUGGUGAAGGCUACAUGACUGAGAACACGUGCAAGAAGGAGACGAGAGUCUUCCACAGUGUUCUGCCCUUGGCCAGCAAUGCAACUUCUGAGCAAUGGAAAUACUUUAUCAAGGAGUUUUAUGCGGAGGUGAGAAAAAAUGAAUUUCCAUUUUUUGACGUUUUCAUCCCAGAAAGUGACUUGUCUUCAGCGAUGAAAGAAGCUUCCAGGGUUGGGAGGAAGGGCCAGCUCAAGUGGUGUGCCUUCCAUGCCAGUGGAGACAGCUUCCCUGUUCACUUCUCUGUCAUAUCUGAGCAAGGCAAAGAUCACCUUUCAAUACUAGCAGAUGUUUUCAGAAGACUUGGAAUGAAGCUGAGCAGCGAAGAGAUGUUCCAGCGACUCAGAGAAGCGGACCCUCAUUUUGAGUGUCCUCACUUCACCCAUAAGACUGCCCUCACCUUCCUCAAGUCUUGUAACACAGGCGGGCCAGACUGUUGUCAGCCAAAAGUGGGCAGCAAAGUGGCUGACACACCUUUCCUGAAACCUAACAAUGUCAAGAGUGUUCUGGAGUACAUCACAAAGGCCGAAGAAUUCUCCCUCUCCUCUGUUGACAACCUACCACUACUACUGACCAAUGACGGUGUGCUGAGAUGCUUCAGUGUGCAAAGGCCGGUGUUCUUAUCAACUUUCUGUGGCCUCUUGCCAGCUUUUGGGGAGGAAUUCACAUCUUGUGUUCUUGUGCAAGAGGUUGAGGCUAACAAAACAAGUUUUAAGGAUGUGGUAAAGGAGUUCACUCCAGCUGACUUUGUGCAGCGGCUGCCUGAUGAUCCAGGCGCCUCCGGCUGUGUGGCCAAGGCCAAGGCACCUCUGACGACUGCCAAGCACAAGCGUUGGCUGGAGGAUGUCUGGAAGUUUGUUGUUCACUACAUUAAGAAACAUGAUGAAGACUCUACUUUAGCACAGGACCGCAACAAGCAAUACAUUUUGACACAUCUAGGGAAAUGGGCAUUUUACCCAAUGAAAGAGGGAAACCAGGAGUUUGUCAUUCCCAUAAGAGAUGCCUGGCAAGUACUAGAUGUAGGUGAUUAUGCUGGAGGAGGUUCAGUCUUUUCCAAGUUGCCUGUUCCAUUUCCAUCUUGUAGCAGAUCAGGUCAAGAGGGAAAGCCACACAUUCCUUGCAGAUUGAAGCUUGAGGCAAGCUUGAAGGAACCUGUGACUGUGUUGGAGCUUCUUUACUUCCACAGAGAAUCUGUCAACAGCUUCUUUAUUAAAGACAGCCGUCAAGGUGGGUCGAGGCAGGUGCUGACAGCUCUUGAGAUCCUGGAGUACCUCGGCCAACACUGCUCACGGUGCCAAAUGUCCAAGGACAAAAUCCGCUCCCUACAGAUAUUUUGUGAUGUGUCUGGGGAGCACUCUGACCUUGUGGGGAGGAACCUGAUUGUUCUCAAAGAUUCCUGUCUGAGCUUGCAUGAACUUGAGAGCCUUUGUGAUAAGCUGAGACUAUUUGUGACUUGCCAGGCAACAUGUACACUUCAUGUAACAAAACUCUACACCUACAUUCAACCCAACUGCAUUGUAGAGGAGACAGACUGGUAUGCUAAGUACAUAUUGCCCAAUAUAAGUUUACUGACUGAAGAAAAGAGAAUGUUUUUUCUAGAUAAUCUCAGAUCAAAACUACCAAACAUCAGCAGAGAAAUGGAGUGGAGCGAAGGUCAGCAGAGAGUUGUGUCAGCUCUGAAAAAAUGUCCAUUUAUUGAGCUCAACGGAACACUGAGAACAGCAAAUAAUAUAUACGACCCUUCCAACCCAGUGUUUGCUGUAAUGGGAGAAUCCAACUUACCAGAGGCAUGGAGGGAGAAGAAGUGGCAGCACCUGUUGCAUCUGGCAGGAAUGGUUUGCAAAGUGACUCCUGAGAAGUUCAUACAGUUUGCAUCCUUGUUCCCCGGGGAUGAACAUGUGAGGCGGAAGUCUGAGGUUCUGUGUGAGUACCUUGGUGAUCACCUUGCAGAUUUUGAUUUGGUGAUGUCUCAGAUCCUUGAUAAAGAGUUUCUGGUACCUGAAAAAUGUAUUGAGUUAGCAACACUUUUGGCACAUCACCAGACAAGGUCAGGCUUGCUGGCAUUUUCAGAGGGCGUUGACCCUGGCCGUGGGUUAGCACAUGUCAUCUGGUCCACCAGGAGCUUACUCCCUGUGUAUGCCAUUAGUGUUGCAAGAAAGCUUCAGGCACAGUACAGCAGCAAGGUGAAGAUGCACACACCUCCUGUGGAAGACAUUCUUGAACACAUUGAAAAGCUUUGCUCCUCCCUGCAGAAGGAACCAGAAAAAGAACCUGACCUAGUGAAACAGGUGAUGGAGAGCAUAUAUGAGUAUUUGUCAAAGAAUGAAGAUGGUGCAUUUGGGACCCUCAAAGAUCGAGACAUUCCUGUGGUCCACAUUCCUGAGCACAGAGUCUUUGUUCCCGCCAGCUGGGUGGUGGAAAGCCUCGAGGAGGAGAUUCUCCCGCACCUGUAUAAGGCACCAACCUUCUAUGGGAAGUUCUUUGGUACACUGAGGAGGCUCGGGAUGCAGACGGAAGCAUCCAGUGACUUGUACGCCAAAGUUUUGAGUAAAAUCCACCAGGACAGCGGCCAGGAGCGCCUUCACCCAGAAGAGGCUAAGCAAAUGAAGAUGGCCAUGAUGGGACUGGUGAAGCGUCCCCCACAGCUGAAAGAUUUGUCCACCUCGGAGCUUUAUUUGCCAGCUCGAGAUGAGACACUCAGGAGCUCAGUGGAGAUGUUUGUGGCAGAUAACAUGGAUAUGUUUUAUGCUAUCCAAGAGACUUUCAAGGAGCCUGUCUUUGUUGGGUUUGAAGCCCUUCAGAUAUCGUUUAAGGAAAGUUCUCUUGUGAAGCUCCUGCCUCAGAGACUAAAACCAAAGUUCCUUUCAGAAGUUCUCCAGGAAUGCCUGGCACAUGAAGACUUGGAGGAUGUGGUUACAAACUUCCUCAGUGAAGUUAAAGAGCUGCUCCAGGCAGAGGAACUCAAAACUGGAGUUUUGAGAGUCAUUGACCACCACCGGCUGGGCCAAGGCAGUGGACUCAGCCAGGAUGAAAAGCAGGAAAUUGUGGCUCUGUUGGGAAGGGUGAGGGUGCGGCAGGUCCGCAAGCUCACCACCAAUGUUAUGAUGCACGGUCAUGGUGUUGGGCAGCGUGUUAAACAGUUCUUUUUCCAGAUGGAGGGUCAGGGGGACCAACAGACUUUGACUGUAUACCUCUGUGAGAAAUUUCCCCCAAGAUUGUUAAGUGGUUGUCUUCACAAGGCAUACAGUUUGUUGUUGCACAAAUGGAGUAUUGAAAGGAUGAUGGAAUUGGGAAAUAUUUUUGGCUGUGUUGGGAAGCUUCACUUCAUCCACAGCACUCUGGAUCAAUCAGACAUAAAAGCCUACAGUGCUCAUUCCCCCGCCCGCUGCCUCUACAUGUGUGACGUGGGCAACUACUUGGAAGAAAGGUUCCUGCCUUUGCUGGACAACGGGUUUUGCAGUUUUUCCAAAGGGGAGAUUGUCUGCAUGAAAAAGUAUCUGUGCCCUUGUGAGGGAGAGAGGAGGACAGAAGAGGAUGAAGAUGACAUCUUUGUGAUUGUGCAGGUGGUGAGGCUGGUAGAGAGGCAUGCCUCCUGCCAGAUGUUGGACACAUACGAGGUGAACACCAGCCAGGGCCAGCCCUGCGUGGUGACUGUCAGAGCCUCUCUACUCUACCGGUUUGUGAGGAGAGAAGUCAGAGACGUGGUGUUGCUCCAGGCGUCCGCAGCAGAGGAGGAAAAUUUAAAUGAAAGUGAAAUUUUCAGCAAGUUACGAAAGCAGGUGAAGAUCUGUGGAGUGGAGGAUGAGCACCUGAGACGUCACGUAAUCCGCCGCUUGUCGCUCAAGUGGCACCCAGACAAAAACCCCGGCCGGGAGGACCUGUGCACCCGCCUAUUUCAGUACAUUCAGUCCCUGCUGGGGCGACUAGAGCGCGGAGAACACAUACCCGAUGAGGAGGAUGAAGCCCAGGCCCCACGCACCCGCCCGAGUAAUGCAUACUCCAGUUUCUUCCACCCUCCUAGAUGGCAUUACCAAAACUUUAGCAGUGACGGGUGGUGGAUGCCCAGUGGCAGCAGUCAGGAGAGGGUACCCAAGUCUGACUUGCCUGAAGCGCGACGCUGGCGCAGGCAAGCCCACUGCGAUCUUAAGGCUGCUGAAGGGAUGAUGAGCCUGGAUGAAGAAGAGUGGACAUCCUGGGUGGUGUUCAUGUGCUACCAGGCUGCUGAAAAGAUGCUGCUGGCCACGCUGUACUCAAAAGACAUGGAAGAGGCUUGUAGGCAAAAGGGUCACGGGCCACUCUCUCGCACCCUGACCACUCUUGCACAACUCUUGAAGGACUCGCACAUCAACCGGUUGGCCGACCGCAUCCAAAAUGUUGCGGGUGGUUUCCUUGGGCCGCUGUACCCAACAUUUGCCCGCUGUCCUCGUGACGGCUACACCUCCGCCAAUGCCCGCCGGAUUGUGACAGAGAUGAGCACUGAGGCCAUCCGUAGCUUAAGUGAAAUAUGA